CAGCCCCCCUCCGAGCCCAGUUCCCCGGCGGGCCUCCACACGGCGCAGAUGGACCUGGACCGCCAGCCCCAGACCCUGUUUGAAGCGGCUCCCGGGGCCGGCCCGCUGCCCCCCCUGGUGAAGAAGGAGCCCCCCGGCUACGAGGAGGCCGUCAAGCAGCAGCCCAAGGCCCGGGAGGAAAACGGCUCCUCGAGCCAGCAGAUGGACGACCUCUUUGACAUCCUCAUUCAGAGUGGAGAAAUCUCAGCGGACUUCAAAGAGUCUCCGUCCCCCUCCGGGAAGGAUCCCAGCCCGGCCCUGCCCUGCCCUUCCCCGGCCACCCCCCAGCCCCCUCCGGAGCUGCCCCUGCCCCUGGGCAGCAGCCCGGCCCCUGGCCGCCUCGAGGACUUCCUGGAGAGCAGCACGGGGCUGCCCCUGCUGACGGGGGGCCCGGAGGGCCCCGAGCCGCUGUCCCUCAUUGACGACCUGCACAGCCAGAUGCUCAGCAGCUCGGCCAUCCUGGACCACCCGCCCUCCCCCAUGGAUACUUCGGAAUUGCACUUUGCCCCCGAGCCCGGCGCCGGCCUGGGCCUUGGUCUGGGCCUGGACCUGGCCGAGGGCCACCUGGACAGCAUGGACUGGCUGGAGUUCUCGGGGGGCCCCGUCCUCAGCCUGGCCGCCCCUGGCACCGCGGCCCCCAGCCUCUUCUCCACAGACUUCUUGGACGGCCACGACCUGCACCUGCACUGGGACUCCUGCUUGUAGCCUCCAGCCGGCCUCCGCCCACCCCCUCCCCUGAGCCCGGCCGAGGCUCCCCGGAGGGCCGUGAUGCCGGUGAGGAGCGGCCGGGCACUGUGGGGGCACCGUGCCAGCCGCCAUGUACAGCUGUAAAUAGCUCCGUAUCCGCUUCCAUAGUCUCUCUAGUCUGGGGCCCGCGCUGUGGCCUCCCGGCCGCCCGCACACCCCAGAUCGGGGGAUCGAGGGGGGCCGGGCGUGGUGGGGGUUUUCCUUUUUAUACACGAGGCACGCCGCGCGCUUUAGGGGAUCUCCUACCUCAGGGCACUCGGGGGGCCGCGCUCUGGUUUUGUACAAAGCAGCUGCUUUCACAAAAUGCUGUUUAUUUAUAAACCAAAAGAAUAAAGGUCCUGUCACUGUCA